CCCUCGGACCUUCAAGUGUACGACAGCAUUUCCGUUGCCCAUAAAUGGUGGGGCCUGCGGGCGCUGGACCCUAGAGGCCGUGGGCUGUGCAUGUCUUUUCAUUUCUGGAGUCGACCGUUUUAAAGUCUCCUACUCACUCUCACUCAGAACUCAGAGAGUGACACAGGGGGGUUAACCACAAUGCCUUGGAGAAAGAGAGCUCGGGACAGCAAUGAACAGGACAACAAUGAAGAAUCCACAGGGAAUGGAAACGGGGAGGUUUCAGGGUACGAGCAUUUCAGGAACCAGAGGAUCAAAGAGAACUUGGAGAGAAUGCAGAAACUAGGGAUUCCCGACCUCUCUCAGAAGCUCAAGUCGAAAACUUCCUCUGCCAAGACAACCCCAAGAAACCCUUCUCAGAGAAAAACCCAGAACCCAUUGCCCCUUCCCGCCUCCCCAAGGCGCUCUUCUAGGUUGAAGAGUUUGACUCCAGUUGGCUACUCGGAAAUCCGUGGUAAAAAGAAGAGGAACUCCUCGGGGAAUGAUGAGAUUCACAUACGUGAAGGUUUACAACCAGAAAUUUACUCAGAAGAACAUGAUAAGCUUCUGGGAGAUUGUAAGAACAAUUGGACACUGUUUGUGGAUGGAUAUGGCGAGGAUGGGAAGCGCAUAUAUGAUCCGGUGAAGGGAAAGACAUGCCAUCAAUGCAGACAGAAAACGCUUGGUCAGCAUACCCAUUGCAUCAAAUGCAACUUGGUCCAGGGGCAGUUUUGUGGGGAUUGCUUAUACAUGAGAUAUGGAGAGAAUGUGAUAGAAGCCAAUGAAAAUCCCAAUUGGAUAUGCCCUGUUUGUCGAGGAAUUUGCAACUGCAGUCUUUGCCGUCAGGGAAAAGGGUGGAUGCCCACUGGUUCCCUCUACAGGAAGGUUUUAAGACUGGGCUUCAAGUCUGUGGCACAUUAUCUCAUUCAGAGUCGUCGCACUCAAACAAACUUGGAAGACUCAGGUAAUGAAACUUUGGCUUCUCCAGUGGCAUCACAGCUUUCUGAACUUGACACAGACAAGAGUCCUGAUGGAUUCUCAAAGCCUCAACCAGAAGAUUAUAUAGUUGACAAUAUGGAAGAAAAGGUAAAGGAUGAACUGCAAUUCUUAGUUGGCAAGAAGCAUGUCGAUGAAAAUUGUGACAAAGAUGAUGCUGUUGAAAAAACUGAUGAGAUGAAGAAAAAGCAAGAGGACAUCUGUGAACCGUGUGUAGAAGCCUAAACUUUCCACCAAACUACUUUUGAAUCCAUUGCUUGAAGACUGAGAAACUCGUGCAUAUGGAGACAAAUGUACCUUCUUUUUGUGAGCUGUAUACAUAGCAAGAAAUGUAUAAAAUUUUGUGAAGUUGCUGAUUUUGCCAAGGAAUCAUUCCCUUGAAUGGGUCUUCUCCUCUGCAUCCUUGGCUGUAUCGGUAUGUGUUUUUUUGUUGUGGGGAAGUUGCAAUUGCAUGUUGAAGCUUGACCCUUGGUGCUUUAAUAGUUAUUUGAUAUAUUUUCAAGUGCCAAGAA